AUGUCUCUCUCCCUCGCCCAGACCUGCAUCCCUAGCACAUUCAGUCCAGUCCUUUAUGGGGCCGAAAUCCUGUCUCUCGAGGCAAACUUGGUCACCAACUACAGCGCCUCGGUCCCUGCGGCAUUUCGAUACACCUCCCCGGCUGUCGAACUGAAGAACGCAACUUUUUGCAAUGUUACUAUCACGUAUACGCACCCGGGCCAGAACGACAAGCUCGUCACCGAGGCAUGGCUUCCGGAGACCUGGAACGAGCGCUUCAUGGCCGUGGGCGGAGGAGGAUGGGUUGCUGGCCGCUUCUUCUUAAGCUACAAUGCGAUGAAUGGAGCUAUCGCGGAAGGCUUUGCUACCAUCACGACGGAUGCCGGCCUCGGGUCUGCGAAUGAGCCUAGUCCGUGGGCGUUGAACAGUCCUGGCAACGUCAAUCUGUACAACCUGCAGAACUUGGCAUCCGUUUCUCUCAAGGACGAGGCUAUCAUCGGCAAGUCUUUGAUCAAGAGCUACUACAGCCAAGACCCUCAGUACUCCUAUUGGGCUGGCUGUUCUCAGGGUGGACGACAAGGCCUCAUGCUCGCUCAGCGCUACCCCGAUAUCUACGAUGGUAUUGUAGCGGGCGCCCCGGCCAUCAACUGGAAUAAGCUAGUGACUUUCGUCUACUGGCCCCAUCAAGUCAUGAAUGAGCUCGGCGCGUUCCCGUACCCUUGCGAAUUCGAUGCCAUUGUGAACACAGCAACUUCCGAGUGCGACCCUCUUGAUGGUGUCACGGACGGGGUCAUCUCCGAUAUCGAGGCCUGUUUCAAGUCCUUUGACCCUUUCUCACUUGUCGGCCAACCAAUUACCUGCGCCCAGAAGAACGGAACCCAGCAGAUCGUCUCCGAGGCUGCUGCAACGGUUGUCAAUGCUACGUGGCACGGUCACGUCACCGCGGAUGGCAAGCGGCCGUAUCACGGUAUCCUGCCUGGGGCCGACUUUACGGGCAACAAGCCGACAUCCUACAACCAGCCCGGCAUUGCGAUGACGAGCUGCAGUGAGAAGGGCUGCGUCGAUGAGCCGUCCAACCUAGGCACCGCGUGGCUCAAGCUUUUUGUUGCCAAGAACGAGACCUUUGACUUGACGACCAUGAGCCGUGAGGAGUAUGAUGCGCUCGUAUACUCUGGUCGACAGCAAUAUGAGUCGAUGGUCGAGACCGCCGACCCCGACUUGAGGCAGUUCAAGGCAACCGGGGGCAAAAUGGUGACUUUUCACGGUUUGGCUGACAAUAUCAUCCCGCCCGGCGGCACUGAAGACUACUACAAGGCUGUGAACGAAGUCAUCCCCGAUAUUCAGGACUUCUACCGCUACUUCGAGGCCCCCGGUCUGGGUCACUGCUUCGGGGGCGUGAGCGGCACCCCGACUGGCCUCUUUGAGCAACUGCGCAACUGGGUUGAGAACGGCACCGCCCCAGACCAGACGCCCAUUCAGAUUUCUGUUGGCAAUGCGACGCACGACCGUAUUCUGUGCCCAUACCCCCAGAAGUCCGUCUUCAAUGACGGCUGUGGAGAUGCUUCGAAGGCAGAGUGCUGGUCUUGCUCUGACAGCCCCGGGACGGCCAACACCACCAAGAGGGCUGCACCAAUGUUCCAGGGGCUCUGA